GAACCAGAAACUGCUGCAGCAGAAGAACGACAGAGUUUCUCUCUGAACCCAUGACGGACGGCUGAAGUCGCUGGAUUAAAGCGUAGUGCUGUCGAUGACUUGAACUGGAUCAGAACCAGAUCAACCAGAGUCACGAUCAGGUCUCAUACUGAAGGUAGAAAUGGAUAAACAUGAAGACGACACGACUGAAAGGUGUGAUCCAGAACCAGACCUCCCUAAGAGAGUGGAAAGUCGGCCCCCACUGGACUCCAGGCUGAAGGAGGUCAGAAAGUCUCGGCCUCUGACGCUGUUCAAAGAGGACUUGAGCCACUUCAAGGAGAACCUGCUGAAUGCGCUGAAGGACAAGGACGGCAGGACGACUCGACAGGACACAAAGAGCAGCGUCAGCGCAUUGACUCUCCUUAGAGAGGACUUGAGUCAGCUGAAGGAGGAUGUGAGCAGCGUCUUCAGACUCGGACUACACAAGGACGGCGUCUCCAAAAUAAGAGUCGCCAGUGAAGGAGAGACGGAGACUGUGGAGAAUGAAGAGGCAGAGAAGAGCAAGGAGGACCAGUGGUGGGAUGGGGUGAUGAGUGAAGAUGACUUGACAGUCAGUGCAGUGGACAUCCAGGAGAGCAGCUGUGCUCAACCACGGCAGGAGCAGAGUCCAACAGUGGCGGUUGAACCAGAAGGUGGUAGCGAUCAGGUGGGUCUCAGCUCCGCUCAACUCUCCGCUGAAAAUGGGCGCACGAGUCAGGAACCAGAAGAACCAGAGGGUUCCUUGUGUGAGCCUUUGUCAUCCCAUCUCUCACUCCUGGUUUCCAGAGACACUCAGAAGUGCGACACCAGGGCUCAGCUGGAGAGCGACCCCUGGUGUUUGAAGAACUUCGCCUGUUACUUGACGUUGGACCCGAACACAGCUAACUCGGAGCUAGAGCUGAGCGACUGCAACCGAAAAGCUACCCGAGUCUGGUCUGACCUCCGACCCUGCCAUCACCCGGACCGGUUCCGGUUCUGCCCGCAGGUCCUGUGCAGGGAAGGCCUGCUGGACAACAUGUACUGGGAAGUGGAGUGGAGCGGCGGCGCUGAUAUCGGAGUCACCUACAACAGCAUCUCACGGAGCGGCGACGUGGCUAGCUGCCUGCUGGGUCACAACGAGCGCUCCUGGAGUCUGGAGUGUCAGGAGGGGAGCUACACGGCCAGUCACAACAACACAAGGGUGGGCUCCUCCACACCCCAACCCUUCAGCCACAGAGUCGGGGUGUUCUUGAACUGGUCUGACGGGUCACUGUCCUUCUAUUGCGUCUCUCCUGACACCAUGACCCACCUCCACACCUUCAGCUCCACCUUCACCGAACCCUUGUACCCUGGCUUCUGGGUUUGGGCGUACGACGGCUCAGUCACACUGUGCCAGGUGGAGAUGAACUGGGAGCGUUUACUACAGUGACAGUGGACCACCCGAUACCUGGAACACCAAAACUCUGGCGCUCAUUUCACCAAAUGUAUUAUUUAUUAAACAGUUUUGUCAAUAGCUUUGAUGCCAUGAACCAGAUUUUGAGUCAUCAUACUCCCAGAGGGCGCUGGGCCUUCACCUCUGACCAACAUGGGAAUGUCCAGCCACCCUCUGAACUGUACUCACAUACAAACAUUCACUCAGCAGAACAGCAACAUCUAGUUUGCUUCAGUGCCACCUAUACUGUUGUUCAAGCUACUCAGUCCAGACUGAACUCCACCUGACCCACGGUGGAACCAGUGGGUGACCUGGGUCAUCUGGACAAACGCAAUGG